UUGGCUCGAAGGUCGCCUGCACAAGCAGUUUCUGCCUUGACGUAGCUCGAUUUGCUCGAUUCCAUGACGCUCCACCUGGGUCAUCCUGAUCUUGAGGAUGAAUCCGCAGCCCUGGUGCAAGGUGAUGACACAUCCAGCGAGACCCCAAUGCUCAGGCGAUUCCGUUUCGGUAUGCUUGCGAUCGCUAUGGCCUUGAUAGUUACCGCGACCGUGAUCAAUUUUAGAUCCUCCAUUGUGGAGCUGAGCUCGGCCGCCAAGGACUCAACCAUCCAAGAGUUCAGCACUGUGGAUAACAGGCUUCAAAAGCUGAUUCAUGAUCUACGGGAAGCGAUGUCGAUUACCAAAAGGAUGGAGGCGAAAGAGCAAAAGGCACAGGCCGCCGCAAAGGCCGCGGCCAAGGCCGCCGCAAAGGCCGUGGCAGCAGCGAAGGCUGCAUCGCAGCCUGCGCAAAACGUUACCAAGCCUGCAGGCCCUGUGAAGCCGAAGUUUGACAACACCACCAAGCAGCUGAUUUGGAAAGAUCCCUUUUCGUUUUUUUGCUUUAUGCUCGUGGUGCCGUCUGAGCUGCCGAUGAUCCAAUGGCAGUUCAAGAAUGGAGUUGGCAUCUUUGGAUGCAACAAUUGGGCAGUAUACAACUCCGGCUCAGACAGCUUGAAGAUUGGCACCUAUGCGGAUGGCAGUGCGGCCAAGACGACGCCCCUUCCAGGCCCUGAUGCUUUCUUUGGAAAGUCGUAUUUUUGGGGCUGCAGCCGGCCACAGAAGUACUUGAUGAACGCCAAUGUGAUGGUGCGGGCUUGGGAGCAUGCAGCAGGAGAAGGUGUUGCAGGCAUGCAUUCCUGGAUCGUCAAGGUGGAUGCAGACUCGGUGUUCAGCCCAGCACGACUCCAAAGGCUUUUCUUCCAACGUGGUUUGGACGACGUACAUUUGCAACACCAGAGGAGGUAUUUCAAGAAUUGCAAGGCGAUGAACUCCAUGCAGGGCUCAGUGGAGAUUCUCUCCCGGGACGCCUUCUAUUACUUCACAGGGAAGAAGGUCCAGUGUCAGCAGAAGAUGGAUUGGUGGCACAUGGGUGAAGACAUUUUCACCUUCCAUUGCAUGCAGCAGCUGGGCGUGCCAGCGCUUGACCUGGACGAGGGCUCAAUCGACUCCUACUGUGCCAAGACAAAAGGCUGUGUCGAUCAUCCUGAAGGACCGAAGGAGUGCACCAAUGCCAACGCAGCGGUGUUCCAUCCCUUCAAGACACUGGACAAGUACAAAGACUGCUGGAAGGAAAUGCAGGAAGUGGAUCAGCGCAGAGUCGAAAUUCAGCCGGGACUCCUCUAUUGAGGGGCGAGGACCAUCUAGAAGUGAUUUUUGUGAGGCGGAAAGUUAUGGUACAGGAUCAAGCCUGCAGUGCACCUGGAUGAGGGUUGGCCAGUCGUCCAACGCGGGGGCCCUUUUGGGGGCCUACUGCAGAUCUAUCACAUGAAUUGACAGAGCCCACGUGCGAAGACGGCACCCAUCCUCACUACAGCUGAGCCGAGCCACGCCAAGCUCAGCUAUGUUUUCAAUGCUUGAGGUCUGUGCUGAAAGCACAACAUCAACGGCCAACGGCGCAUUAGUUGCACGUUGAAGUCGUAUGGCGGUCAUGGGCACCAUGACUUCAAUUAGGAUUGUGUGUGAACAGCACUGAGCGAAAGCAGGGACAUGCAAGCAAUCGGCAUAUCCAGCAGGUACCUGGAGAUCCUACUUCUGCACCAGCAUUUCUAUGGGGAGCAGAAUUGUGCUGAACCGGUAGCCACGUGUUCAGAUUGAUUGAUUUAUACAGUCUUUCAUUUUAAUUCAGCAGUUCCCUUGAAGUUCCCUGCCCUCCAAUCUUGGCCGAACACCAGCCGAAGCAUGGCCAGAUGAGGGG